AGAGAGGAAGUAGGAAAGAGAAUAAGAAGCAGUUCAGUCUCCGCUGGUUACAGCUGGUAUAAUUGAUUGAUAAACAAAUAGGUUGGUGAACAAGUAACGAAGUUAGGCUGGAUCAAGGAUCAUAACAUUAUAGAGACACCCAUUCUCUCGAAUUUAUUGUGCGCAGUGUCUUCUUACAUUAAACAUUGUAUAUCCGUGUCUCAUCAUUUCAAAUAAAUUAACACGGUUUAUUUUUCCUUGUGUUGUGCAUCCUUCAAGUCACACUUAUAUACAUCCACCACGAUUAUAUAGGACGCCCCGACUCCUCCUCUACCCUAAUAUAUUUUUCGUUACAAAAACAAUACGAUAAAAUUUUGGGAAAAAUCUAGCAUUCAAUAUUGGGCAAACGAAGUCUUUUGUCAACAUUCGGAACAAUUCAUCAAAGAUCAAUUGAUCGAAGUGAUUGCUGUUAUCAAACGUGCUGUUCAACUUGAUUCGAAUUUUGAACUCCGUCAUGUUCAGCUGAUUUCCGUUAUAAUCAUGCUCGAUUCUAAAGAUCAUGGCGGACGUUUAUUACAAAUAUUGACUGGUGAAGGCAAAUCAACUGUCAUAGCAAUGUUGGCUGUAAUAAAAGCUCUAGAAGUAAAUUAUGUUGAAGGACCAAAAAACUGUUAUGAAGCUAAUAUUGUCUAUGGAAAUUCGAGUCAGUUUCAAUUCGAUAUUUUGCAUAAUGAUUUUAGUCUAUUAAAUACACGUAAAAAUCGACCUUACGAUAUUGUUAUUAUUGAUGAAGUUGAUAGUAUGCUCAUCGAUGAAAACAAUAUAAUUGCUCGUCUUGCCGAUCAAUUGCCUAGUAUGGAAUGGCUUAAUCCAUUAUUGUAUGCCAUUUGGCAAACGAUUCAAACGAAUGCUGAUCCGAUAACAAACAGAGAUAGAAUUGUUAAAGAUCUUAAAAAAUUUCUUGGUCUUCCUGAAUCUCCAUGGAAAAUUCCACGACAUUUAGAGUGUUUUGUUGUUGGUUCAAUUCCAUGUUGGAUUGAUAAUGCUAUUUCAGCUAAGGUCGAAUAUAGACUUGAUCAUCAUUACAUAAUUAAACCCGAUGAAACACGUACAAAACGCAUUCUACCCAUAGAUUACUCCAAUACAGGCGUUAUACAAUGCAAUACAACAUGGGAUGAUGGUUUACAUCAAUUUCUUCAACUAAAACAUGGCUUAAAGAUGACUCCACUAUCGAUUGCAACAAAUUAUUUAUCCAAUAUUGGUCUAUUUACACACUAUAAAGAUCAAAUAUAUGGUUUCAGUGGAACACUUGAAAAACGUCAUUGUUCAUUUAAACCUAUUUUGACAUCAACCGAUGAUGAUUGGUUAGAUGCUAUUGUUUCAAGUACAAUCGAUCAGAUUAAUCUAAAACGAGCUGUUUUGAUUAUUUGCCAAACAAGACUCGAUGCAAAAACAAUCUUUAAAGCAUUAAGAUGUAAACAUUGUACAAAUUCAAUGCGGUUCUAUACUGAUAAUACAGAUGACAUCGAAUUGAGUGCUAUAUCAAAUCGUGUUGAGCAAAGCGAAAUUAUUGUUGCGACAAAUUUAGUCGGUCGUGGAACCGAUCUAAAAACAAGUGAAGAACUUGAAAAAACCGGUGGUCUUCAUAUUUGUUUGACAUAUUUACCGAAUAACUUACGCAUCGAGCAACAAGCAUUCGGGCGAACAUCUCGACAAGGCAAUCGAGGAACAUCACAAAUGAUUCUUAAUCGAGAUCGAGUUCUAGCCCAGUUAAUAUGUACUUAUCCUGAAUAUAUGAAAGAACAACAUGAAUCAUAUAAUGAUCCAAUUGAUUUGAUUCGUGAUUGGCAAAGUAAAGCCGAAUCAAGUUGUCUUGAUACAAUUUGGAAAGAAGAAAUUCCCAUUAUCAAAGAAAAAGAUCAUCUAUUUGAACAAUUUUGUAUUCUUCUGAAUGAAUUACGUGAACAGUACGAUAAUAAUUAUCAAUUGUCGAGCGUCAAAGAACGAUGGGGUUUAUGGCUCAAAUCAAUCGAACAUGCUCGUCAGAAUCAACAAAAAUUACAGAAUGUCAUAGAAAUAGCUGGAUUUUCUUAUAUCGAUGUGCAGCAUCGUGAUGGGAAUAGUUUUUUCAACGUUCUAUCACAACAACUUGGUGGACAAAAGAGUCCGAAUAUAGUUAAACAAAUAGUUAUUGAACAUAUGCUUAAUAAAGAAGAUCAAUAUGAAAUACUCACUGAAGAAAGUCGGUAUAUUGCAGCAAGUCAAGCACUCAAUGUGAAUAUCGUCCUAUAUCGAAAUGAUUAUGGUGGCCCCUAUGUAUACAAAUGUGAGAAUGCUAUAAAAACAUGUUUCAUAGGUUAUGAAGUCGAUACACAUUACAUUUCACUUCAACCGUUGAAUUCGAAUGAUGAAUGGAUUGAAAACUAUUUAUUGAAUAUUAAUAGCGAUUGUUCUGUCAAUGUAGAACAUUCGUUGAACACAACGAAGGACAAAGUCACUGAAUUAAUUCGCUUAUUUGUUAAAUUGAAACUAGAAAAGAAAAGACAGUAUGAAGAGUUUUUCUUGACUAAAAUUAUUGACCUUAAUAUACAAAAUGCUUUUAAAAAUUUUCAAGUUCAAAUUCAAGAAGAAUACAACACUGAUCAACUAAUUCAAAAUCCUUGUUAUCUAUUGUUGGAAUCGGAGGCUUUACUUAAUAAACAUUUUUCUGCAAAUAAUCGAAUACAAUCUAUUGCUAAAAGUGGCUUUUUCAUGAAGAAGAAAUCGGAUCCAUUUGAUAAAACUGUUGAUGUAUUGAAACGAGCCAUUGAUUUGGACCCCAUUUUUUCAUUCAGUGCAUAUGUCAAUUAUGCCCAUAUUAUUAUUCAUAAACGUGAUAACAGGUCAACCUACAAAGUCGAAGCUAAAUCCAAAUUGUUAGAGGCAUGCCAGCAAAUUGAUGAUCAUAUUUUAUCGCAACAUUACAUCAUGAAAAACCCAUCAACCAAUGGAAUCGAUGAAAUUUUUUUUGAUGAUUUCGCUCAACAAACUAACACAAAAAUUUUCAUCUUGGAAUCGUAUAAAGAAUAUAUUAAACGUGCAGUAGAAGCGAUUGAACGUUCUCAAAACUUAAUCGAUGUAUAUGCAGAUGAUAGUGGUAAAGUCUACACGGGAAGGCAUUUAUACCGUGAAAAGGCACAAGAAUUCCUCAGUAAAUCUCAAGGCAUCAUCGAUCUGAGUUUUCAUGAUUUGAAAGUAACACGUGAUAUUCGCAAGAAUGAUCAAGCUAUUCAAUUACUCGAACUUCUACCAAAGGACAAAAAUCGUGUAACAAUUCAUUUAAUGAACCCCAGUCUCAAACAAAUAAAAAAUAUGAUGUCCAAAGCGAAUCUGAACGAAGUAUGUCUGGUUAUUGAAAAUUUAGAUCAUCUUGGAAUUCUACAGAUCAUCAACAAUGAUCGGGUUGAUCUAAUGGUUACUACAUCAAAAGAACAAUAUCAAAAGAUGAUUGAGAACUUUUCAGGUAAAGUAACAUUGGCAAUGGAUUCCUUCAAACAAGAUUUCUCACCUUCAGAAGCACUCAAAUAUCUUGAAAGUACUGCUAAUAAUGUAAAUUCUAUAAUGUUGAAAUCGAUUGAUCGAGAAACAAUAAAUAAUCUUUUGCAACAAAUUGAACAAGCUAUAUUUACACUGACAUUCAAUGAUCUACCUGAUAAUCGCAUAGACACGAUCAUCACUUGUAUAUCGGAACCUUUCUCAAUUUAUUUUAAAAAUUUAUCAAAGGAAGAUGCUUCUAAAUUAGUUGGAGUCACUGAUGCCGAGAGAAAUAUGAUACUUGAUUUACAUGGAUUGACGAAACAAGAUGCGAAGAAUGUUCUUGAAAGCUAUCUUAAAAAAAUUGGUCAAAAUGAACAUGAUAUUAGAACGACGUUAAAAAAUCUAGCCGACUUAUUUUCGAAAUCGGAUCAACCAAGUGAAGAGUUGAAUGGAUAUGCAAAUAUGGGUGUUCAACAUAUCCUUCAUGUAAAGGAGCUCAAUCCGCGUCCUUGGAUAAGUACCAUCCUUUUGAGUUCUAUAGGUAUUUUUGAAAUAAUCUGUGGCAUUUGUGUAAUUCUUGGUACUACUGGAAUAGGUUUCAAUAUAGGUAUGAGUCUGGCCAUCGACGGAAUUAAUAAUAUUAUAUUUGCUAUACAAGGUACCUACUUUCGGACUAUGUCAUGGACCAGUUUUGCUAAACAGAAGAGUAUUAGCCUUUUGCUCAGCUUUGUUUCAUGUGGAAUCUCGUCAGUCGGACAUGCAGCACAUGCUGCUUUGUCUCAAACACAUAAUGCAUCGCAACUGUUUCACAAUACAUUCCAUGGGACAGUAAAUAUGGUACGACAUAGUGUUACAGGGCUUCAUCAUAACGCAGCCCAACAUGUUGCAAGCUACGAAUGGGGACCUAUAAUUAAACAAAUGGUGGCCAAAAGUACAGAAACUUGUAUAAAAACAAUUUCAGAUUCUUCGCUACUCACUACUACUCAAACAUUAAGUUUUCAAAUGAAAAAUCCUCAAAAUGAAUUUUGUUAUUCGAACUAUUUGUUAGGUGUGAUUGCUACUUUAACAAACAAACCAAUUUCUGUUAUUCAGCAACAAAUAAUUAAUGAAUCAAUUCCAGAUAUGCGCAUACCAUGUAAUGCAUUCAUUGAAGCCAAUCCAGUCUAUGCUACUGGCAUGCUACCAAUUAUUCAAAAUCGAAACAUGAAUCAAUACAAAGAAUUCAUGAUUGAAAAAUAUGCAUUCCUCGAUCAGUCGUUACUCAAUGAAAAGUCUCUCUUAUUCAAAAAAUCUAGUAGAAAUAUGGCAGAAGAUCAUGCCCAUCAAAUGAGACAUAUAAUAAAUUGGUUAACAUCGGCCGAUCCUUAUCUAGACAUUGAAUUAAAGACUUUGAAUAUACUCUAUCCUCAAGUAAAAUUAUUGGAACAAGCUGGAUUCGAAUUACAUCAUAUAUAUCAAUAUAAAAUACUGUUGAAAGAUCAAUUAAAUGCUAACGACAUAACACUCAGUGUAAUUCGUCAAAUGCUGAUUGCUGGUAACAUUGGUAUAUUGAUCUAUUGCUCAUAUCAAGGUAUUGAACGUAUUGAACGUUUAAAAGAAUAUCAAAAUGUCAUUGAAAAAUAUCUCAAUGAUGCAUCAUUCAAACUGAAUUCUGUGACACUUGAUCCGGAUUAUGAUAUUCAAAUUGAAGAAUAUAUUCCUACUAACUCUCACGUUGUGAUAAUAUAUAUGUGUGAGCAUGGAUUCUAUCAUUACGUUCCAGGCAAAAAAGACAUUCUCAAGACAGAUACGAUCUAUGAAUCGAAUAUGCCUUUAAAUCAAGAUGAUCUUGCAUGGUACAGCAUCAAAGAUGAACGCUAUAUGAAUUCGAAUGUAGCAUUAAAUACAACAAAUAUAAAUUCACUUUCUGACAAAGAAAAUACCUGUGUUGCUUCAUCGAUAUCAAGGUAUGUUUGA